GUGAUCCCGAAUUUCUUGCGAGAAGAAUUUCUCUCCAAACUUUCGCUACUUUUGAUCAUCGUACGACUACAAACUACAGAUAUCAUGAAUCUAGAGGAGUACCGUCAACAUGGAAAAGAAAUGGUCGACUAUAUCGCCGAUUAUCUGGCGAACAUUCGAUCUCGACGAGUUUAUCCGGCCGUUUCACCGGGUUACUUGAGAAACGUUCUACCUGCAUCUGCACCGGUGGAUGGCGAACCAUGGGAGGACAUAUUUGCAGACAUCGAAAAAUGCAUUAUGCCAGGAGUCACCCAUUGGCAAAGUCCGCAUAUGCAUGCCUACUUUCCAGCCUUGAAUUCACCUGCUAGUCUUUUAGCCGAUAUGUUGGCUGACGCGAUCAAUUGUCUUGGAUUUACUUGGGCUUCCAGCCCUGCGUGCACGGAACUAGAGACCAUAGUAAUGAAUUGGCUCGGCAAGAUGAUUGGCCUGCCAGAAGAAUUCCUGCAUCGUCCUGGAGGAUCAGGAGGCGGUGGCGUGAUACAAACAACCGCAUCAGAAGCCACCCUCGUUUGCUUACUGGCAGCAAGAACUCGAGCCAUUAGAGACGUUCAACAAAAUGAGCCAGACCGUUUACCAGCCGAGAUUAAUUCGCGUCUUGUCGCGUACUGUUCCGAUCAAGCUCACUCCAGCGUGGAAAAAGCAGGACUGAUCGGUCUAGUACGAAUGAAGUACAUUGAAGCCGAUGAACAACUAAGUAUGAGAGGAGAAGCGUUACUCGAAGCGAUAACUCAAGACAGAGCCGAAGGUUUACUUCCCUUUUUUGUAUGUUGUACAUUGGGUACUACUGGCGCAUGCGCGUUCGACAAUCUUAAAGAAAUUGGACAAGUGUGUGAACAAAAUGGUCUCUGGGUGCACGUGGACGCAGCAUACGCAGGCAGCGCAUUCGUGUGCCCCGAAUUCCGCGGUUGGCUUCAAGGAAUAGAAUACGCCGAUUCAAUCGCAUUUAAUCCUAGCAAAUGGCUGAUGGUGCAUUUCGAUUGCACCGCGAUGUGGGUGAAAAGUAGUCAAGCACUUCACAGAACAUUUAACGUGGACCCCCUCUAUUUGAAGCACGAAAAUUCAGGACUCGCUAUCGAUUACAUGCACUGGCAAAUCCCGUUGUCGAAGAGAUUCAGAGCCUUGAAACUGUGGUUCGUCAUUAGAAACUAUGGAAUUACCGGUCUUCAAAAACAUAUUCGAGAGGGGGUUAGAUUGGCACAAAAGUUCGAGGCACUGGUUUUAGCUGAUCCGCGUUUUGAAAUUCCCGCCACGAGACAUUUGGGUCUCGUAGUGUUUCGUCUUCGAGGUGAAAAUACAUUGACGGAGCGUUUGCUGAAGAAGAUGAACUCGAGGGGACGAGUACAUUGUGUACCGGCUGCUUUGCACGGAAAAUACGUUAUUAGAUUCACUGUUACUUCUACCAACACAACUAACGAAGAUAUCUUAAGAGACUGGGCAGAAAUCCGAAACACAGCGAACGAGAUCCUAGGGGACACUUCGGGCUCUCCCGUACGAACCAGAGUUCCACUAGCAGAUACUCGAGAAAAGAAUGAAAAUUUUGGCUCGAGUCUGUUACUGGCUAACUCACCAAUGUCACCGAAAAUCGUGAACGGCAGCUUUGCUGCUAUUUACGAUACUGCAGACGUAUUUGAAGAAUGCACCAAGGCCUUCGGUCAACUGAGACUCGAAGCCCGAGAUAGUCCAGCCAUGCGUCGUCGAAUUCGAGGAAUCCUCAUGUCAGGAAAACAAUUUUCUUUAGAUUCACGUAUGGACCUCGUACAGGGAUACGCAUGUUGCCGUCCAGCCAUAGAAAUGUCCUCCGAGUUCCCGUUAAAGGAAGACGAAGAUCCCUCUGGCAGCGGUGAAACAUCUGACGCCAAUAAACUCUCCCCAUUUUCAUCAACAGAUACUUUUAUCGAAUGCGCCACCGAAGAAGCGCAAAAUACCGAGGCAGUGGAAAAACCAUUCAUAAGGCAAACUUCUAAAUGUCAGUCAAACUACGGGAUUGUAAACGGUUCUCAAGAUUGUUCGAACGAUCUGACGUCCAUAAUCACGACAGAAGUUAGUCUACCCAGGAGCGAAACUAUCGGUGCGAUCGGUCAUCGUCCGUAUACCGGUGAUCUGUCGAUCCACGAUCAACGUAAAAAUCCUGGCAGGAAAGAGAUCAACGAGGAGGACGUUUACUGUAGAAAAUGCGGCCAUUGUAUGAAGAAAGAAUAAGAGUUAGCGAACGUUACUGGAAUCGUCGAUUCCCGACUGAAUGUAUUCCUUCGUGUCCU